AUGAAGAAAUGCAUUGGUUCUCAGCUGGCCUUUCUAUCAGUUGUUGUACAAACUGGUCAUGGUCUGUUUAGUCCUGUUACGUCAGAGAUGAACUAUACUCAUUCAAUGGCAAUUCCAUCAAUUCAAGCUGAUCUUUGGUGGACUGUUGAUACUAAUAAUAAUAGUGAAAUCACCUUUGAAUCACACAUGAAUACCACCGGGUGGAUUCCUAUAGGUAUCAGUCCUGAUAUUGGUUUUGAUGGAUCAGGCAGUGUUAACUUUCAAGAUCGCUUUGCUCCUGCAUAUGCAGUGACUAUGCUUGAUAAUACGACGACGAAUUCGUUUACUCUGCAAAGUCGCGAAGUCAACGGUUGGACUGCCAUUCAAUUCAAACCAUUCAAUGUCCCAACUAAUAUCACUGGAAAACAACAUGUUACAGCUUAUGAAAUUUUAAUCGACUGUACUUCUACACCAUAUUCACUCCAUUUUACUCUAUGUGAAUGCGAUUCUAUAGUAACGUUCGAUAACAAUAAUUUACCACACGGCAAUUGCGAUGAUAAUACUACCGGAGGUGAUUAUCUUCUGCAUGGAGCAUCCCGAGAAAGCAGGUUUACCAUAUUGCAACUAAACCGAGCAAUAUCGAUAAUUCUUGUAUGUGAUUAUAUCUUGCUAAUUCACUUCGACAAUAUGAUCUUGAGUUUCUCAGCGGGCAUUCAAUUCAGUGCCACUUGGACAACAAAUUCAACUGCGCAGUUCCAAACAUUCUACAGUACAGCUGCACGACUUGUUGCUUAUGGUUGUGCAAGAUUUUAUACUAUAAUGACCAUGGCGAGUUUACCAACAUAUACAGACCUAGAUAUGACCACAUGUUUACCUCAUUCAAAUAGUACUACCGCAGCCAAUGCUAUACCAACUAGCACUAACACAACUAAUUCCAUUACGAGUAAUGGUACUACAAUCAGCACUUCUAUUAUAAUCACUACAAUCACUGCGAAUAAUAAUAGCGAUUUGGUCAUUCCACAAAGUACAUUGGUCUUGUUCUUUUUCUGGAUUUUAUGUGCAAUCAACGGAUUAUUUAAUUAG